CGCGACAGUCAUUUUUUCGAUGCAAGAGGCAAUGGACGGUCGAAUCGGAAUAAUAAAUCGCUUGUAUAUGGUUUGUGCCUAUGUAGUUAGAACAAAGCUUAGUGAAAAUAUAGUGUGUGUGGAAAACGAUUAAAAGCAUUUAAGUUUGUGACACAUAAAUAAAUUUGUACGCCGUGCGUGAUUUAGCCUUGUUCUUACAUGCAAUCUAUAAACGUAUGCGUUUAUAUGUAUAUAUGCGUACCUGUUUCUAUUUUAUGUGUACAUAGAUGUGUCAAAGUUUUAUUUUAAAUUUAUGAAAAGCAGUGGUAGUGCCGCACGCAAAAAAAAAAACGCUUUACAGUGUAUCUCAAAGAUGCAAUCUAAAUAAACGAGACACCAAAUAUGUAUUUCACUGAAUAUUUAUCAAUAUUGUAUGUUUCUUGUGCUCGAAUUUGAUUUUACAUGUGAAUCGCCACCGUUUCUAAUUAUUGAUUUCUUCGUCAGCAUUGGAAAAGAAAUUUGCAAAAUUUCAAAGACGAAUAGCGAAGAGAUUGCGACAAAAAGAAUAUCUACGCAAACACUGUUCCAGUCAUUGUUAUUGUUAUGGUCCGAGUUGCAGUGCCAGCCGAAUUCAUAUGUACUCGUAUGUACAUAGCAUGCAAAUUUGUAUGAGCUUAUGGUCGAAACCAAACGCAAGCAGUUGAUGGACCGUGAAUCAGUGUCGGCUUGUGUGCUAUUGUGCAAGCAACAAAUACAUACAUGUAUAUAUACAUAAUAUGUAUAUAAUUUUUGCUCAAGUCUUCCGCAAAGUCUUCGAAUAUUGUUAAAGAUAUUAGUUUAUAUUUUCAAAAUUUUGUUAUUAGAACGGUACGGCAUAAAUCACUAAGUGGAAGUAUGUUUUUAUGUAAAGUGAAAAAUAUUAAAUCGAUUAAAAAAACACUUCUGUUAGUGUAUAAUUGAGUGAACAAGUGAAAAAAUUCACAUUGAAAAUAUUGGCCUUGCUAACAUCUAAAAAAUCGAAUCGAACAUCUGUAGCUCAGCGAAAAUGGAGAAUUUACAGAAUUUCGCCCGCACACCACAAUUUUUACGUAAAGUCAUAAGCGAAGCAAGAAGAUCUUUUAUCCGCAACGACGAUACGUGCAACAACGACGAGGCGGAUAGUGAGAACAGCACCGAAGCAUACAUCGAUGAAAUGGAACUCUCACAUAGUCUCACACUCAAUGAAGAAGCGCUAAAACAAUUGCCCGAACAGAAACGCCCUGUUUUCAUUUUCGAAUGGCUGCGCUACUUGGAGAAAGUGCUGCCGGUUGCACAGAAAUCGGAUAUAAAAUCAUGUCAAAAGAAGUUAGUUCAGCAAUUGACAGAACACAUUCAGGGCUCACCAGGUCCGCCGACACGCAAAUUGAUAGCCAGCUGCUUGGCGACACUCUUCUCUGUGGGCGAUACUUUCAUGCUGUUCGAUACGGUGAAUGCCUGUAAUGACAUUUUAAAGAAUAAGGAUGAUUCACCGAGCUAUCUACCCACUAAACUUGCCGCUAUUUGCGUAUUGGGUUCUAUGUAUGAGAAGCUCGGUCGUAUGAUGGGGCGCUCUUACGAGGAGACGGUUCAAAUAUUAAUACGCACUCUACGCAAUGCCGAAUCGCAGGCGCGUGCCGAAAUUAUGAUUACAUUGGAAAAGGUUUGUGCUGGUAUGGGUACGGCUAUUUCGAACGUACACAAAGAUAUUUACAAAGCAACGAAACAUUGCCUAACAGAUCGCGUGAUGGCCGUUCGUGUCGCGGCCGCCAAAUGUGUGCUAGAGAUGAUCAAUCACGCACCAUUCCUCUACCAAACCGAACUCGAGAGUUUGGCUACGCUCUGUUUUCGGGCUUUUGAUGGCAGCAAUUAUGAGGUACGUUGCGCGGUCGCUAAAUUACUGGGCACGCUGUUAGCUUUUACACAACAACCUCCAGAGGGUGCAAACAAAAAACCAGGUCAACCGAUAUCAACAAAGAAUCAGGCGCGUAAUGUUUCGCUCGAUGAAGCUAUGGGUAUAUUAAUGUCGGGUUUUCUGCGUGGAGGUGUCUCCUUUCUAAAGGGUACAGGUGAAAUUAUUAAAGGAAGUUCGAGCGUUAAUCGAGAAGUGCGUGUUGGCGUCACACAUUCCUAUGUUGUUUUUGUGCAAUUCAUGGGCAGCGUCUGGUUAGAACGAAACCUAAGUACAUUUCUAAUGCAUGCACUGGACUUAGUGGCAAAUCCCAAGGCCGCCUCCUCACACGUUGAUGCUGUGUAUUCGCGUAAAUGUAUUAACUUCAUACUUCGUUCGAUUAUCGGUAAAAUGCUAGGCGAAAAAGCGCAAACAUCAGCCUGCAAGGAACUCAUACACAUUAUAGCCAAACAAAUGAACUCAAUCGAUUUCAAUCCCGAAAACGCAAAGGAUUCCAAUCAAGAGACGCUUUUUAGCCAACACUUACUGGUGUGUGCGCUACAAGAGUUGGGAUCGCUUGUGCUCGGCUUGGGCACUACAGCACAAAGUCUCUUGCAUGAUCAUUCAUUAAAUUCUAUUGAUGCAACUUGCGCGGUGCUUGUUCAUCCAUGUGCCGCGGCUCGUCUGGCUGCAGCUUGGUGCUUACGCUGUUUCUGCGUGGCAGUUCCGAGCCAAAUAACGCCGCUCAUCGAUCGUUUUGUCGACGCCCUCGAACAGAUGCGCUCCUCACCCGAGGCAAUCGCCGGUUAUAGUGCAGCUUUAGCCGCAACUUUAGGCAGCGUACGCUACUCACCUCUUGGCAUUCCACACACCAAAGGCAAAGUGGUGUUUAAUACAGCUGAAGAGCUGUUACGCUCGGCAUCGCAAAAUAGUCGCAUGUCACUGAAUCGUACGCAAGCGGGUUGGCUGUUGAUUGGCGCCAUAAUGACGCUUGGUUCGCCGGUAGUUAAGGGUUUGCUUCCCCGUAUGUUACUGCUGUGGCGCAACUCAUUCCCACGUUCUAACAAGGAGCUCGAAUCGGAGAAGGCGCGUGGUGAUGCUUUUACCUGGCAGGUUACUUUGGAAGGACGCGCUGGUGCGCUCUCUGUUAUGCACAGCUUCUUGCUGAACUGUCCAGAUCUAGUUACAGAGGAUAUAACGAGGCGUCUAUUAACGCCCAUAGAAAGUGCGCUCGCAAUGUUAGUUAAUCUUUCGUCUGUUUUGAAAAGUUAUGGCACACAAUUAAAAGCGUCCGCGGCUAUGGUGCGGCUGCGCUUAUAUGAGACGCUCUCUCUUCUACCAUCAAACGCUUUGGAGUCGUCAUACACGCAUCUGUUGCGCAUGCUUGUGGCUGAGUUCACACUCUCUGAAAAUCCAGCUAAUACAACGAACUCCUUACUAAGGGCUCUCUGUCAUGGUGAUGACUCUAUAAUUUUGGGCACCUGGCUACAAGAAACGGACCAUCGAACUAUUGAGGAUCAGAUGGAACCUAAUCGUAAAUCUGAUGGCGAGCAUCUACAACCUAACAGCGCUGCCGGUUCGGGUGCUCUAGAACAUGAUCCCUGCUGCUUAUAUCGUCCACCGAUUAGUGGUUUGGUAGGCACAGCUGCAAUUGCCGCCGUUGCCAAUACACAAGGAAGCAAAGUCGAUCAAUGUCCCGGACCUCUGCCAUUGGGUGUCGCUGUUAUUGACAUGUCCGUAACGCUAUUUGGUUUAAUUUUUCCGAAGGUGGCUAAUAAGCAUCGUUUGCAAAUGCUUGAUCAUUUUGCUGAAUGUAUACGCCAAGCGAAGAGUAGUCGUCAAGAGGCAGUGCAGAUGAAUAUUUUCACUGCAUUGUUAAGUGGUUUGAAGGGUCUCACAGACAGCAAAAGCGGCAUUGGUCAGGAAGAUGUAAAGAAGAGUUCUACCAACCUGGUUAUUGCUGCUUUGGUUAGCAGUAAUUCAACCUUGCGUUGUGCCGCUAGCGAGGCUAUCGGUCGUAUGGCGCAAGUAGUAGGUGACUCCCGCUUUACCGCCGAAUUGGCACAAAACUCAUUUGAUAAAUUGAAGUCGGCGCGUGAUGUUGUUACCCGAACCGGUCACUCGCUCGCUUUGGGUUGCUUACAUCGCUACGUUGGCGGUAUGGGCUCGUCACAUCAUCUGAACACAAGUGUUUCCAUAUUGUUAGCAUUAGCACAGGAUACUUCUUCGCCGGUGGUGCAAGUUUGGUCGCUUUAUGCACUGGCACUUAUAGCCGACUCUGGUGGACCAAUGUUCCGUGGUUAUGUGGAGGCGACACUAUCCUUGUGCUUAAAGUUAUUGCUCACUGUGCCGCAGUCCAAUAUGGAUGUACAUCAAUGUGUGGGACGUGUUUUGAAUGCUCUCAUUACAACGGUUGGACCAGAGUUGCAGAGCAAUAACAGCACCGUAGGGGCAAUGCGUUCUUCCUUCCUUUGCGCCGCUGCCAUUAUGCAGGCACACACGGACCCAUUGGUACAGGCCGAGGCAACCGGUUGCUUACAGCAGUUACACCUCUUCGGACCAAAAUAUGUUAAUUUGAGCUCAUUAGUACCGACAUUGGUGAAGACGCUGACGAGCAACUAUUUAAUGUUGCGCAAGGCCGCUGUAUCUUGUUUGCGACAACUUUCGCAACGCGAGGCCAAGGAGGUGUGCGAACUUGCUCUACACAUGACACCGGAGCAAUGCCCCGAUAUUACUAUCACUGAAUAUGGGCUUCCGGGUGUACUUUUUGCAAUGCUGGACACCGAAACCGAUGCCGAGAUGUUGAAAAAUAUACAUGACACUUUAACGUCCAUGCUGCAAAUGUUGGCUUCCGAUAAUUUAAGUUCAUGGUUGAGUUUGUGUAAGAACGUGUUAACCGUAGCCGUUGAAGGAACUUCGUUGCAGGACGAAUCGAGCGGUGUAAAGAGUGAGGCAAUAAAUAGCAAAUCUAGCAAUAAUGACAAUGCUAAUAAAAGUGAACGUGAUGACGAUGACGAGGAAGAAGAUUAUGAUGAUGUGACUGAGUAUCACGCAGAGGAAAAUACCUCCACUCAUCCUGCCGUACAACCGCGUUGGCCCACACGCGUUUUCGCGGCGCAAUGCGUACGAAAAAUUAUAGCCACCUGUGAGGCAGCCAAUCCCAUACACCUGGACCUAAUUCAAGCCAAGGAGAUGCAAAUGAUAAAAUCACGUGGCGAUUAUUUGAUACUACAUUUGUCCGAGUUGAUACGUAUGUCCUUCAUGGCGGCCACCUCAGACUCAGAUCAAUUGCGUUUGGAAGGUUUACGUACUUUACAGGAGAUAAUAGAUCGUUUUGCGAAUGUACCAGAGCCAGAAUUUCCUGGCCAUUUGCUUCUAGAACAAUUCCAGGCACAAGUGGGUGCUGCUCUCCGUCCUGCAUUUUCACCAGACACUCCGUCACAUGUUACUGCAGCCGCUUGUGAGGUUUGUUCUGCUUGGAUUGGUUCCGGUGUUGCACGGGAUCUGAACGACUUGCGGCGUGUACACCACUUACUCGUCUCCUCACUAGACAAAUUACAUACGAAGACAAACAGUACUCAGUUAUACAAUGAAUCAAUGGCAACAUUGGAGAAAUUAAGUAUUUUAAAGGCAUGGGCUGAGGUAUACAUCGUUGCUAUGAUCGGCAAUGGUUCUGCGCCAGCUUCUUUGCUGCAAAAGAAACUCACCUCAACCAAUACGAUAACACCACUUACAAGUGGUAUAGAUUUGGAUGGCACUGAGGCGGCAGGUGGGGAUUUCGGUGAUUUCGAAAGUCGUGGCGAAAGCCUGCUAAAUUUAGUUAAACCUGAGUUGGGCAACUUAUCCACACAUUGGCUAGCGGCAAUGAAAGAUCAUGCCCUCUUAUUGCUACCGGCAGAAUUCCAAAGUCAAUUGCCUCACGAUGGCGGCGCAUUCUACACUACUGAUACGAUCAACUCGUCCAAGCCGCAUUAUUUGUCAUCCUGGCCACCUAUAUUAUAUGCGGCUUCAUUAUGGCUGAAGGACGAAGGUUUUGCUGCGUAUGUAAAUACAAAUGCAACGGGCGUUGAUGGCGCCGCCUAUGAGACCAAUAACAACAUCUCACACGGUUCACUCUCUGCCGAUCGUUUUCAUAUGAUUUUCGGUAUUUGCAUGGAAGCUUUAUGCAGCACGCGUACCUCGGAAAAGCCGAAGAAUGUCAUCAGUUGUUUGCAAUCACUUUACACAAUUUUCGAUUCUGAUUGGGCAAGGAAACAAUUGAUUAAGAACAAAACAUUGACGAUUGAACUAUGCAAUGUUUUGCAUCGACAAAUAUUAACGCGCGAUGAACUGUUGGUUCAGCUACUUUGCAUGGAAAUACUAAAACAAUCGAUACAUGCGGCCAGGGAUGAUCUACAGUCGAAACGUGAUCAGAAUCUUAAUCAAAAUAAAAACAAUGAAAACACGGAUAAUGCGCAACUGCAGACAGAAAUUGAAAACUUGGGCGAAGGUGGAGAAUCGGGAGAAAUAACGCCUGGCACUUCGCACGUCUAUGCUGUGCUGGAAGUUUGCUUAUGUGUGUUUGUACGUCAAAUACCCUCAAUGAAUCCGAGUGUCGCCAGCAAACUUAGCACAAUUCAAUUUAAACAAGAAUUAGCUGCCAAAAGUAAUACAUCACAAUCAUUCUUCUCAGUAUUGGCAGAAGAUAAUGGUAUGCUUGUGGCUGGUGGCCUGCAGUGUGUCGAGGAUUUAACCGCGCUAUGCUCUCCCAAAGGCGCACUAACAAUUUUGCCAACCAUCGUCUUUAUGACCACAUCGAUAAUGCGAGAAAUUGCCAAUAAAUCGGCCAUCGAUACAACGAUACUAGCGAACACGGGAUCUGUGCAAGCGGCCUUGCACACUCUCAAAUCGGUAUGCACCGACCGUUGGGCAAAUCAUGAAUUGGUUUCAGCCGAAUGGAUGGCAAUAUUACAAAGCGCAUUAGCUACAGUUAUAGAUAUGACGAAAACUGCUGGUGAUGAGGAAGAACGUAAGGUUGAUGAGGUCACCAUGUUACUGGCCAUUGCCGUCUUUAUAUUGCACACACCUGCUUCAGUGGUGUCCACGCCAUCACUGCAAUAUCCCUGUAUUAAUCACUUCCGACAGUGCAUGCAGUCUGAGCAUUUGUCUGUCAAGCUAAAGUGCAUACAAACAACACGUUCAAUUUUCGCUAAAGCCGAUCUUAAAAUAUCUACACCCUACAUACACGCACUGGCGCCACGUAUAAUUGAGGGCUUGUAUGCGGAAGCGGCGAAGACGCCUCGCACCGACAUGGACCUGCAGAUAACGCUCGAAAGUAUAUUGACCGUGGAGACGUUGAUUGAAUUGGCGGAACCGCAGAAUCGAAACUUGAUGCAAGGCAUACAAAUGUUAACACUACUGGUUCCUGUACUCAUUAACUACUUGGCGGAACCGGCAAAACUGCGAACAUUGCCAAAAUAUCAACGGCAAUUGCACGAGCAAGCAUUGCAGUGGCUGAUGAAGAUCGGUCCCAAAUACCCUCAGGAGUUCAAAACGUUAAUGGGUCAAACAUUGGAGCUGCGCCAGAAACUCGAAGCAGCUAUUCGCAGUCAGCAGCAGUCAAUUAACAUUGCCAACAAGGCAAAUGAAUUGCAGAUGCGCGGCGGUCUUGCCAAGCAGCAGAAGCCAACCAUUAAAUUGAAAACGGAUUUCAGCAAUUUUCAGUAAAAAAAACAAACAAACCGUUACAGCGUCGAAGUGUAUAUCGUCACCUAAAAUGCAAACGUAACGUAACAUCACUUUUCACAAGUUUAUAGGAGAAGCCGAAACGAACUAGCGAAACGCAUACAAUUGAAGAUACGCUAUUUUAAAUUUUGAUUAUACUUUGCUUAUAUCUGAUAGCAUGAGCUUAAAACUUUAUAUUUAACUUUAUUUAUAUGUAAUGUAAUAUUAUAUGAUGUAGUUAAUCAUAAUCACCAAAAAACUAAAUUUCGAAUUUUUCGAUAAUACGUUAUUUUGCAUUUUAGGUACGUGCAUACUUUUUCAUAUAAACAUACAUACAUAUUGGAAAACAUAAUUUAUGGUUAUAUUUACAAAUUCAUGGAUAUGAGAUCGGCUACGGAUUGUAGAAAUAUGAUCGUAUAGGCAUUUGCAUUAGCACAAUAAAUUAGCACAUAAUAAAUUUUAAAAACCCAUUAAAUACAUAUGUAUUUCUUCGUUAAAACUCCCGCAAAAAUUCUUGUAUUAAUUUGUCCUAAUAAUUUAUUAAAUAUUUGUCGGUUAAAAUAUUUUAAUUUUACAAAUGUAUAUUCGAUUAAAUGUUAGAGUUUUAAAAUACAAACUAACACGUGAAUGUAAUUUCUACUAAACAAUUCGUCACAAGUUUGUUCUUGGGAAUAUACACUUAUAUAUACAUACAUAGUAUACAAUAUCAAAUAAGUAGCAACCUACUAUAUUAAUUUAUGUUUUUUUGUCUACUUUGUGAAACGUCAUAAUAUGAAUAAUAUGCUUAAAAACGAGAAGUGUAAAAUUAUUGUAAAAAAGUGAAAAAUGAAAAGUAAAGAACUUAACCCAAAUCGUUAAGAAUUAUAAAGUCAAAAUGAAAUGUAUGUGAAUAUUUAACAAUUAUUAACAUAUAAAAAGUUAAAUAAAUUGUAAUUACACAAGUAUA